AUGCAGCGCUGCCGCCAGCCACUGAAGGUCCCCAGACUUUUGCAGUCGACUUGUAUUGGCCUGGGCCCCGUUGAGGCGCGCUGCGGCCGCCUGCUGGCGCUGCGUCCCCGGCUUGAUCAGGCCGACUACCUGGGCUCUAACAUCCAUGUGUCCUGCGGCCGUGAAGUUGUCGACUGGGAGAUCACUGAGGAGGAGGAUGGCUCGCAGCGGCUGCGCUUCCGUCUCUGCGUCGGCCGGCGUGUGGCGGAUCCCAAGGUGUGGUUAUUUCUGCCUGGUUGCAGAGAGCCGCCCUAUGGUGCAGCAGAGGCGAAAGAGGUGGCAUCGGAGGUGUGGUGCAUUCCCCUGCCGAUGAUCCCAAAGCAAGGAGCUGCCUUUUCGCUUUCUUGGCCUUGCAGCAGAAACAGCGCGACAACGAUUGAACUAAGCCUCAUUGCCUAG